AGGAGGAGGCUGCUCGUAUGCGGGCGGAAGCCGAGAAGUUGGUCGAGGCUGCUCGUGCGGGUGCGGAGCAGCUUGAGAAGGAUAAAGCUGCUUUUGAGAAGCAGAAGCAGACCUCUGAGUGGGCUGCUACUGUCCAACUGAAACAGGUGCGUACCCUUGCUAAACUCCUUGCUGAUGAGCGUAAGCGUUGGGAGGAAAUUUCAUCCAACGAGCGCAAGAAGUGGAACGAAUCUUGGGCUAAGCAGAACAAUCUUCUGUUUCAUACUCGGCAGGAGCUAGCAAACGCCAAGGCGGCAAAUGUUGCCUUGGGCAAUGAAAAAGCUGCGGCUGAGGCCGCAGCAGCUAAAGCGCUGCAGGCAAAGGAUGAGGCCCUGAAGGCGCUUGAAGAGGCCAAAGCAGCCGGGGCUCGUGCCUCAAAGGCCCUUGAAGAGGCCGCGGAGAAGGAGAGCCGUUCUUCCAAGGCUCUGGAAGAGGUGAAUGCGGAGCGCAUUCGUUUGGAUAAGGUUGUUUCCAGCCUUCAGGCUGAGGUUCAGUCCCGGGCGGUUGCGGUUACGGACCUUACUGCCCGCGUGUCUGAUGCGGAGAAGCGAGCCGACGCUGCCGUUGAGGCCAAGGAUGUCUUGGUGUCCUCUUUUAACCAGCUGGAAGCUGACCGUGAGUGGCUGCGGACUCACGACAUUGCGCGUAUUGUCGAGGCUAUCAUGAAUGCUCCUGAGACCUCAUCUGGUUUGGACCUGGAGCUGAAAGCCAAACAACAAGGUAAACAGCAAAAAAAGAAGAUGAAGGGUGUCCAGAUUGAAGAUGGUUUGAGAGACAAAGACAAUGAGGGUGAAGACGACGAAGAGGAAGAUGAAUUUGAAGAUUACAUCAGUGAUGAUGGAUCUGAAGAAGAAGAUCAGUGGGAAGAGGUGUCUGGAGAUGAAGAUGACGAGGAUGAGUAA